UUCGACAGGAAGUGAGCAGUUCAAGAGCUAGUCACGAGAAGAUUGAGGUAUAAUAAGAAGCCACGUCAUGAAAACUUGACUGAGGAAACAAACGUUCGUGAAUAAUUGUUGUAAUCGAAAGGGAAUUAUAACACAAGGGGUAUCGUCAGUCACCACAGGACUUUGGGACUGUUCGUUUGCCUUUAGGCAAUUCGUUGACUGUGGUCGUUUUGCCAAGAUCGUAUGGAAAGAUGUCAGAUAUCGGGGACUGGUUCAAAACAAUCCCGUUCAUCACCCGGUACUGGUUUGCUGGGUCGAUUGCGGUUCCCUUGAUAGGUAAACUGGGACUAAUCAGUCCCAUGUACCUCGUCUUAUGGCCAGAGAACUUCUUUCACAAAUUUCAGGUAUGGAGACCAAUCACCUCCACCCUAUACUUCCCUGUGGGCCCUGGAACAGGCUUCCUCUACCUAGUGAAUCUUUAUUUCCUCUACCAGUACUCUACCAGGCUGGAGACAGGUGGGUUCACACAGUACUCUACCAGUACUCUACCAGGCUGGAGACAGGUGCGUUUGAUGGGCGACCGGCUGACUUUGUGUUCAUGCUGCUGUUCAACUGGAUCUGCAUCGUUAUAACCGGCUUAAUGAUGGACAUGCAGCUCCUGAUGAUCCCGUUGAUAAUGUCGGUCCUGUACGUGUGGGCUCAGCUGAACAGAGAAACCAUAGUCUCCUUCUGGUUUGGGACACGCUUCAAAGCAUGUUAUCUACCCUGGGUCAUCCUUGGAUUCAACUACAUUAUUGGGGGCUCUGUUGUCAAUGAACUGAUUGGGAACCUGGUGGGCCAUCUGUACUUCUUCCUGAUGUUUAAAUACCCCAUGGACCUGGGAGGCAGGUCCUUCCUGUCAACACCUGACUUCCUGUACCGCUUCCUGCCCAACAGACGAGGGGGCGUGUCUGGGUUUGGAGCUCCACCCAGCAGGAGACCUGCAGCUCCUGAGGCCGGUGCUGGUGGUGGUGGUGGAGGUAUGGGAGGACGUCAUGCCUGGGGAGCUGGCUUCCGUCUGGGGACGACUGAGACUGUCCUACUGAGUAGCAGGACAAAGACUCUUGUCUCCACAAGACUCUCCACUCCUCAAGACCACUGCCGAUGUCCAAAUUGUGCAGAAGAAAGCAGAUUGUUUUUGUAUCUAACUCCCGGGUAGAAAUGAUCAGCAUGUUAUUCUUUCUUUCAGUGCUCUCUUUUACACAAGAUGCCAUAUCUGAUUACACUGUAAUUACAGGGCUCCUCCUAACCAGUGUGUUGCCUCAGCCGCAGCCAGCCUUUUCAGAGCGUGGGUUUGGCUAUUUAGAAAAGCAUUGUUCUGGGAGAGAACAGCCGAGCACUAAGGACUGGAUUCUCUUUGCUCUCUCUCCUUAAAUAGAAGACGGGGUAACAGCAACACUCACGCUGGCUGUGUAGAUAGAGGCUCAUAUAUAAUAACACAAAACAAUAUAUCUUCUUCACCCCCCCCCCCCCCGGGUCUGUGCUGUUGUAUGAUCGCACCACCACACUGAAUGUUUCUGUUUUGAAUGGGGGAGUAGGGUCGAAGUUGUGGAAAAAAUUCAAAUCUUCAACAUAGUAUAAAAAUUCAAUAGUGAUGCAACAAUGCAGUCUGUUAUGAGAGAAAUGCCUACAGUCUGUGCUCCCAGUAGAUUGCUUUGGAUCCAUAUAAAAGUGCAGUGUCAUGGUUCUGUUUCUCCUUUGGUUUAGCUCUGCAACAUGGAAAUUAAAUGAAACUGCAAGAUUUCAUGAAUACCCCCAGUUGGUGUGAAAUGGGUAUCAAUUGUUUUCACGAUGAGUGAUUUUCAGUCAGAAGAUGAUCCAGUCUAAAUAGCAGCACACUUGUCUUGAGGAUGAAGAGUUAUUCACCAGGGUUGGGGUCAAUUUCAAUUCAAGAAGUUAACUGAAAUUGUUUUUCCCCUAAGAAGCAUUGAGGAAAAGGAAUUUCCAAUGGAAUUGACCCCGACACACAUGUACAGUGACCCUUGACCUUAUACCAGAGGAUGUCUUUUUUUUUUGGCUGGGUCUGCUUCUCUAACUUUUGUACUUGAGUAAACAGAACAUAACUUCUCAGUUUUGUUGCAUAAAAACAUCUUUGAACAUUGUA